AUUCCGCUGCUGUGAGACGUUCCUGUGUCUCUGCAUCCUCUUUGCCACCCCAGCCUGGCAUGUCUCUGGUCGGGCUGGGGCUGAUCUGGGCGAUGCUGCGGUUGGUUGCUCCGGAUGAGGCGUGGAUGGGUCCCCGCUGUCACUUUAAGAAGCGGCAAUGCAGCAGACGGACGCGCUCGCCUCAUUUCAUCUCGGCGCUUCAUGGCUGCAGGAUGGACUCUCAUCAGCACCGCCGGCGCCUUUGCUUCCUGCCGCCGCCGCCGGGGAUCAUGAAGUCGGGCAGGAACAGAGGCUCUCCUCCUGCGGUCCACCUGCCGGAGCCGGCGCCGUUUUACGCGAAGAGUUAUUACCAUCUGGCGGUGAGGGCCCCCAGUGUCCCCCGUUAGAAACAGCAGAGAAGACCUUUUGGAUUUGCUUUCCCACACCAGAUGUCGCUCACGCCGAGUCGGAAGUCGUCCUCCAGUCAGCGCAGGCGCUCGGUCGGAACGAGUGGCGGCAGCAGGGGAUGCUCCCACAGCGACACUUCCAGCACUUACACCUAUCCUGGCCGGAUAAGGGCCUCCGAUGGGAGUCCCACCGCCCGGACCAAUCCCAGCACGCCCAGGCGUCAGACGAAGCACACGGCCUGCGUCAACAAUCAUGGGAUCAAACCCCCGGCCCCGGAGCAGUACCUCACUCCGCUGCAACAGAAGGAGGUGUGCAUACGGCACCUGAGGGCCCGGCUGAGGGAGAACGUGGAGAGACUGCAGCACAGGGACUAUGAAAUAGAAGAGUUGAGGACCCAACUGAACAAGUUGCAGGAAGACUGGAUAAAGGAGGAGUGCCACCGUCUGGAGGCCCAGUUAGCUCUGAAGGAGGCUCGUAAGGAGAUCCAGACCCUCCAUGAGGUGGUGGAGUCAGUGAAGUCCAACAUCAGCGUCCAUGAACAAGACCCUCACGAUCACAAGCCUUACUCAGGGUUUCAGGGAGCUCGUCCCGGGGGAAAGUCCCGCUCCUGUGGCUGCUCCCCCGCCAGCACCUUGAGCCGCGGCACCACCUUAACCCGACGGAGCAGCGAGGCUCUGCAGCUGGACCGCAGCCCCAACGCUCCCGAGCCGAGCGGCGCGGCUCGCUCUGCGGGACAGACCCACCUGCUGCUGGAGGCGGCGCUCCUGUCCGAGCAGCUGCCACAGCCGGCCCACUCCCUCCGGGCGCCCCCAGCCGUGUCGCGCUCACCCACCUUCGAGCGUUUGUGCAGCGGCGGGGCUGUGCUGCCCAUCUCUCACUCCUGCCACACCCUCAGCAGCACCUGCAGGUGCAGCGGACACACCUACCUCCCCCAUCAUCACCUGUUCCUCCACUUACCUCAAGAGGAGCCUCCAGUCUCGUCAGCACCGGCCGCUGUCCCUGCGGCUCACAGCAACCCCGUCCAUGUCCCCGCGGCUCACAGCAACCCCGUCCACGUCCCCGCGGCAGAGAAGAAACCCGAUGUCCGGUCUCAGGGCUGCAGCCCUACUAUGACCUGGCUCAGUGAGGAGAGCAGUGCCGAACAGCUGAGUGUAAUUUCUUUAGCGAAAGCAGAGCUCAAGCCUUCGGAGCCAAGGUCCUCAUCAACGUCUUUACCUCCUCUGUCUCCUCCAGAUCUCUUUUCCAGCACUGCCGACACACCCGGGGGCGUCACAAAGGUGCCGUUAGACGCCCACGUCCGUCAGCCCAGGCCCGUAGACCCCCUCCCUGUUAGGCAGGACGCUACUGUGGUGGAGAUAGACGAGGACAACACAGAGGGAGCCAACGUGGACGGGGCCCCCCCAGAGCUGUCCCACUGGAGCCGCUACUUUCUCGUAGAUCUUCUGGCUCUGGCCAUGCCGGUGGUUCCAACCAUGGCGUGGCUGUGCAGGGGGGCCCCGCAGGAAGUGAUGCCCGUGUAUCACAUCGGGUCCAUGCUGAGAGGCUGCUGUGCCGUGGCCCUGCACUCGCUCCGGCGGCAGGGGGCGGGCCGGGGACGCAGGCCGACCAGCGUGAACGGGACGACUUCAGUCUGACGCCUCCAGCCCACAAGUCGAACCCUCUGCAGAUACAAACUCUGACUUUUAAAACCCGGCCGCGUGUUGGACUCCUCCUCCUUUAGGACAUUUAGCGAGAGUAUAAUAACCCGCGUGUAAUUCUCUCAGUCAUUGACUUAAGAGAACAAAAAUUAGCAUUUUUUUCUUACAGUAUAUGUUCCUUCUGCUUUCGCUGCAGUUUAUAUAGGUAAUUCAGUAAAUUAGAGUAUCAUCAUGAAGUUCAUUCAGUUCAAAAAGGCAAACUCAUUGUACAAAGGGUUUAUGUAUUUAAGUUUUUUCAAUGGUAGAUUUGAUGAUUAUGACUUACAGCAAAUGAAAACCCAAAAUUCAGUUUUUGUAAUAUUACAUAUGACAGAAUAAAACUAUUUUAUGUUUGUUAUGUUAUGUUAUGUUAUGUUAUGUUAUGUUAUGUUAUGUUAUACGAAGCGGGCUACCAUUAGCACCCUCCACAAAGACUCAAUGCAAAAGAAGCUUUUCACUGAGUGCUGUAACCAUGAAUCUUAAUGGGAAGUUCAGUGGAGGGACAAGGAUGCUUAAAAAAAUAGUUUUUUAAAACCUGCUUGCAAACAUAUUUGUUUAAUUGGCUUUUAAUUUGAAAUCUAUUUGAGUUCUAUCACAUCGUUUAAUCAGUGGGUGUCCAUUUUUUUAGCCAGUUUGAGUCUGAUUUUAUCAUAUUUGUUUGUUUUAAUGGUUUAAUUUUUCACAUGGUUGUACAUAAUUUAAUAAUUUAUGACCUUCCCUGCUUGCUUUUUUUUUUACCUGGUAAAGCACAAUGGUUUAACUUUGUUACUUUUAUAGAUGCUGUAGAGACAGAACUGACAUUGAACAACAUGGAAUAACCACAGACUUGAGAGGAUUGUGACGCCCAUUGGGCGAGGCAUCUGUCCGGCAAAUGGGCCACAGCUGCCCCGGUCCUUGUGUUAAACCAGAACCUGACAUGUUAUGUCUGGUGUCGGUCCGCUGGGUUUUAUGAAUUCUGCGGUCAACGGAGGAAAUUCGCAGACGAGCUUUGUGGAGAUGCUGAUUUCAUUUAGCAGCAGCGGGGCUUGGUCACUCCUCACCGCUGAAUUUAUCGUUACCUGCUUUAAUCACCGUGGUGUUACUGCGGUUUUCAAACCUAAACCCCACAGAGAAUUUUAUGUCAAGAGGAAGAUGAGAAACGCCAGAGCCAACAGUGCAGAUGAGCUGAAGGCCGCUAUCAGGAAACACCUCGGCAGAGCCACAGGCCACGACACAUUCAUGCAGUAAAUAAUGCAAAAGGAGCCCCAACCAACUACUGAGCUGCACAUUACGCAUUUCUGUACUCCAAAUAUGUUUGUGUUGGUUUUGGUUUUAUAAACUGAAUUUUAGAUUUUCAUCAGUUAUAAGUCAUAAUCAUCAAAAUGAACAGCAACAAACCCGUGAAACAGAAGGAUAUUCUAAUUGGAUUGUGAUACAGCCUGUAAGUGCUCUCCUUUCUCCGGCAUUUUACAGUUUGUUUGGGUCUCUGCACUGGUUGCGAUGAUCAGUUUGUUUUUUUGUUUUUUUAAUCAAAUUGAUUAUAUGGAAAUGACAGAUGUUAUCUGCAUCUUAAAGAAAGAGAGCGAUUAUUUACGGUCGGUGCGUAUCUUUCUUUGGUAAAACAGGACACAGUGACUGAGUGCAACAACAAAACAAAAACAGCCAUUUAUGUUAUUAUUGCAACAUAUUCACACAUGAAACACUUUAUGUUUGAAAGCAUUUUUUAGAAUCUGCAAAAAAGAAAAAAAGAGCAUGAAUGUAUGCACAGCAUUGUGCAGAAGUUUUAAACCUGUCCUAACUACUGAAUGUUUUCCUUCCACAUACAGUAGCCAGACUUUUAGGCUUCCUUUAUGUCCUUCAGUGUUUCUUUGGACUUCUGCUGCUUUUUGACUCUUUCUCUCUCCAGUCCUUGUACCGGACCUUACAGAUUAUUUUACA